CGUGUCGCAUCAAUCCAGGAACACCGAAUUAUGUACCUACAUCAAGACAACCUGGCCUCGUCUCCUAGAACAUAAGGAAUCUCACAAUUGUAACACCACCGUCCGACCUGUCCGAACUAGAAACCAGUACUCAAAUCCUUCAUAUUCUAGGAUCUGCAUAUAUCGCCUUAUUAGAACUACCUCUAUUCUAUUCGUCUCAUUCGUCUCAUCCCAUGAUGAUCUACUAGUAGUGACCAAUUACCACCCUGCUGAUAGAAUAGAUACAUCGCAAAUUACCACCACCAGCCAGCAUGGCCACCGCAAAGUUCAACACUAAAUCCCCCACCAUCCGCCGCAUAUUAAAAGAAGCCGCCGAGCUCUCCACCUCUCCAUCGCCAGACUACACAGCCUCCCCCCUAGAAUCCGACCUCUUCGAAUGGCACUUCACCCUCCGCGGACCCCCUAACUCCUCCUUCGCCGACGGUCUGUACCAUGGCCGCAUCGUGCUUCCGCCCACGUACCCCCUCCGCCCCCCCUCCUUCCGCUUCACCACCCCGAGCGGGCGCUUCGAAGCCAACCGGGAGAUCUGCCUGAGCAUCAGUGGCCACCACGAAGAGACCUGGCAGCCGGCGUGGGGGGUGCGCACGGCGCUGGUCGCGCUGCGCUCCUUCAUGGAGACGGACGCGCGCGGCCAGCUCGGCGGCCUCGACACCAGCGACGCCGUGCGGCGCAAGCUGGCCGCCGAGAGCGGCUCCUGGCGCUGCGCGACCUGCGCCCGCACCAACGCCGAGAUCAUCGCCGAGUGCGAGGAGCGCUGCAAGGAGCUCGACGCCGGGGAAAAGGCGAGGCGGGAGGAGGUCGAGGUCCCCGCCGAGCUGAAGAUGGGCUUCCGCGACGAGAUGGAGAAGGCGAAGGCGCAGGCUGCCGGCGACGAGGGCGCGAGGGAGGACGCCGAGAGUGCGGAGCUGGCCGAGGGCUUUGUCCAGACGGUGCCUGAUCGGGAGAUCUUGCGGCCGACGCCUACGACGGCGGCUCCGCGGGCUGCUCAGCCGGCGCAGGGGGUGCCGGCGCCUACGGGUCGAACGCCAUUACCGGAUCCGGUGGGCCAGGGCAUAUCGACGCCGGUUAGGCGACCAAUGAGCCCGAACGCGGGGGUGCCUCCCUGGAUCGAUUAUGCUAUCGCGUCGCUGGUGAUCAUGUUAAUCGCCAUGCUUCUGAAGGUUUUAUUGAGCUGAGUUCCAGCAAUUCAAGAACAGGCAUCGGGAAUCGGCGUUACUACUGGCUGGCAGGAUACAGGCGUGGCUGUUAUUGUUAUUAUUCGCUGUCAUGGGAAUUGAUACCACGAAUUGUAUUAGAUUCUAACCCUUCAAGAAAUUAGCAGUCCGAUUUUUUUGAGAAUACCUGUGACUGGCAUCUCGUUACCUUGCUGUUAGAUACAUCAGCUGCGUUAGCUGAGCACAAGAUAAGUUUGCAAUUAUUGAGGCAGAAGUUAAACCGAGAAUAAUGAGUCGA